AAAAAAAAAAAAGGGCAAAUUCCCGCCCUGCCGGGCCGGGCGGAGCUGUCGCCCCUCCUAGAGCGCCCGGCCGUGUGCCGCACGUCAUUUUCCACAAUCUUCUCCCAGAAAGCGUGUUCAUCUAGCCGAGGCUACGGUGCAUUAGUGGCCACGGGCUUUGGAGACUCGCUCUGCGAUCCUGGGCCAGUCAGUCAGUUACUCUGGCCCUCGGCUUCUUUCUUCCCCCGUAGAACUGAAGAGGAUGAACUAGAUUAGCGCUUAAAUUGUCUUUUACUUGAGAUUUAGGAUUGCACAUUUUUGUACGUGGGGAUUCUGCCCCCGGCUGAGCCUUGGGGAACUUCCGGGGAAGGGCCGGGGGAGGGGGGCGUGAAGGAAAGGAAAACGCGGGCUGGCCUUUUUUUCUUUUUCUAGCCCCCCCGGGUCCCCAAGAACCAUGGCUUUCUUGGGAGCCCAAGCCAGUGCCGUCCUCCAGGAUGAGGGAGCAGAAGCACCCGCUCGCCUCUGCCCUCCAAUUCUGGUCCAGGAUGGAGAGGAAGAAGAGGAAGGACAAGCAGAGACCUACUUGUGUGUGCUGUGGCAUUCUGGACGCCUGGGCCUAGCCUACUAUGACAGCGCUGACUCCACCAUCUAUUUCUUGCCAGACACCCCUGACUGUGAUCACCUUAAACUUCUCCGGAGAGUUGUGGAUGAAAUCAACCCAAGAUCCAUCAUCACAAGUGCCAAGCAGGAUGAGAACAUGGCUCGUUUUCUAGGGGGCCUGGUCUCACCUGAGCACAAGGAACUGGGGAGCCCUGAAACUGUAUUGUUGCCCCGUGUGGAUUUUGGUCUAGAAAUCAGCAAACAGCGCAUCCUCUCUGGUAACUUUUCCUUCAUCCCAGAAUCCUUGACAUAUACUGAGAAAAUCCUCUUCCUCUCUUCCAUCAUCCCAUUCGAUUGUCCUCUCAUGAUACAAGCUCUAGGAGGAUUGCUCAAGUUUCUGAAUCGGAGAAGAGUCAGUGUGGAACUGGAAGAUGGUAGUGUCAAUGUCCCAAUUCUAGGCUUCAAGAAAUUUGUCUUAACACAUCUCGUGAGCAUAGACCAGGAUACUUAUAGCGUCCUGCAAAUAUUUAAGAGUGAAACCCAUCCAUCGGUGUACAAAGUGACCAGUGGACUAAAGGAGGGGCUCAGCCUGUUUGGAAUUCUCAACCGUUGUAGAUCCAAGAGGGGUGAAAAACUGCUCAGGCUGUGGUUGAUGCGGCCAACUCAAGACUUGGAGGAACUGAAUUCCCGUCUAGAUGUUAUCCAGUUUUUCCUGCUGCCUCAAAACCAAGAGAUGGCACUGACCCUGCACAGACUUCUGAGCCACAUCAAGAAUGUACCUCUUAUCCUGAAACGUAUGCUCCUGUCACAGACAAAGGUUAGCGACUGGAAAAUUCUCUAUGAGACAGUGUAUAGUGCUCUGGGCCUUCGAGAUACUUGUCGAUCUCUGCCUCAGUCCACCCAGCUUUUCCGGGAUAUCGCUCAAGAAUUUUCUGAUGACCUCUGCCACAUUGCCUGCCUCAUUAACAAAGUGGUGGACUUUGAGGGCAGCAUUGCUGAAAAUAGAUUUACUGUCCGACCCAACAUUGAUCCAGAUCUUGAUGAGAAGAAACGGAGGCUGAUGGGACUUCCUAGUUUCCUCACAGAGGUUGCCCGAAAAGAGCUGGAGACUCUGGAUAGCCGUAUUCCUUCAUGCUGUGUUCUCUACAUCCCUUUGAUUGGCUUCCUUCUCUCUAUUCCCCGCCUGCCCUUUAUGGUAGAUCGAAGUGACUUUGAGAUUGUGGGUCUAGAUUUCAUGUUUUUGUCUGAAGAGAAGCUACAUUAUCGAAGUUCCCGAACCAAGGAAUUGGACUCUAUCCUGGGGGACCUUCAUUGUGAGAUUAGAGAUGGAGAGACACUACUCAUGUACCAGCUGCAGUGCCAGGUGCUAUCCAGGGGGGCAAUGUUGAACCGCGUGAUAGAUCUUGCUUCCCGACUAGAUGUCCUACUGGCCCUGGCUGGGGCUGCCCGGGACUAUGGCUAUUCACGACCCCAGUAUUCCUCUAAAAUUCCUGGGGUGAGAAUACAAGAUGGCAGACAUCCACUGAUGGAGCUGUGUUCUCAUACCUUUGUACCAAACUCUGCCGAGAGUGGUGGAGACAGAGGAAGGAUCAAAAUCAUCACAGGCCCCAACUCAUCAGGAAAAAGCAUCUACCUUAAACAGAUAGGUCUGAUUACCUUCAUGGCUCUAGUAGGGAGCUUUGUGCCAGCAGGCAAGGCAGAAGUUGGAGCAGUAGAUGCCAUUUUCACUCGAAUCCACAAUUUUGAGUCAGUCUCCCUUGGUCUCUCCACAUUCAUGAUUGAUCUAAAUCAGGUGGCAAAAGCUGUGAACAAUGCCACUGAGAGGUCCCUGGUCCUCAUUGAUGAGUUUGGGAAGGGAACUAACACGGUAGAUGGACUGGCACUUUUAGCCUCCGUACUCAGACACUGGGUGUACCAAGGACCCAACUGCCCCCAGAUCUUUGUUGCCACCAACUUUGUGAACCUCAUUCAGCUGCAGCCUCCUGGAUCCCUUGUGGAGUAUCUGACCAUGGAGACCUGCAGGGAUGGAAAUGAUCUCAUCUUCUUAUAUCAGGUCCGAGAAGGUGUUGCAAAUGCCAGUCAUGCCUCUCACACGGCAGCCCAAGCUGGACUCCCAGCUAAACUCAUUACUCGUGGAUUAGAGGUCUCAGAGUUGAUCCAAAAGGGAAAGCCUAUCAAGCCUGAUAAAGGACUUUUAAAGGACAAUCAGAUAGAAAAUUGCCAGGCCUUGGUGGAUAAGUUCCUGAAACUGGAUUUAGAAGAUCCCGAAUUGGACUUGAGCAAUUUCAUGAUUCAGCAAGUUCUACCUACCGCUUCCUCUAUUCUCUGACCAGCCCUCCUUUCUCCUCCAGGAUAUCAAGUGCUCUUUUAUCCCUUCUCUUCAACUCCAGAUCUCCUACCCCUAACUUUAGUAUUGUUUGCCUGAGGGAAAAUUAUGAUUUGAGGAAUAAAAUAUAUAAUUUGGAAAAACCAUUGCUUUCCUGGACCCUCUAAAAACAAAGGCAGGUGGGAAUUGAGGAAUACCAACACCACCAAAAUCUUAGAAGGGUAACAUAUUACUUUUGAAAGACCGUAUGGAUAAGUCUGCCACUGACUUGUAACCAUGAUCCAGUUGUUUCCCUUCUCAGGAUCUGUUUAUCUGUAAUUGAUUUCUAAGAUACCUUCCAACUCCAAUAUUCUAUAAUUCUGUGAGAUCCUUCCAGUUCUAAAACAGAAUGUCCCAAAAGGAAAUAAAUACAUGAGAGGAAAGGUGCAGUCAGAAAGAAUGAAUGAGAAGCAAAGCCGAGGGCUGUGUGGAGGGAGGGUAGCUGGCAGGAGGGAUGUGUCCUCUGGUGGGUGGGGCUAUGCCCUGGGCUGCAUGUGUGUAUUGGUCUCUGACCUCCAGAAACCAAGGCUAUGGGGAGUCAGAAGCUUGGCGGGUCCAGGAUCUCUGGGCAAACUUCUUAUACUGUCUUGUUACUGCCACUGGAGACCAAUUGCCAGGAUCCUGGAGCACUGACCUUCUUCCUUUGGGUGAGAAUUUCCAUUCAGAGCCCAGGGCCUCCCUCUUGGCCCAAAUCCAGAAAAUGAACAACUGCCUGAAGAGUCUGACACAGGGGAAGGACCUGAAAAAGCCACAAGAACACAAGGUGGCAGCCCAGCCUGAAGAAGCUAUUCCACUGGGCCAGAUGAGAAGGCAGAGGGGUCCCACCCUAGUCUAAGGACCUUUUCCAUCCACACUUUGGUUGAUGAGAGAAGACUGCUAGAAAUCCACUACCUUCCUCUGACCCCAUUCUUGCCAAAAUUGAAAUGACUUUGCUUGGCAAAAAUAUAGAUAUUCCUACUUCUCAGGCCUCAUACGGCAGAGAAAAAUGAUUAAAGUUUCUUCUAACUC